CUCACGUGACACUCCACCGUGAUCACGUGAGGUGUUUUGUUGACGACGGUUGUCGUUUGCACGAUGAAUUCACGAGCUUACACAGUAGCUGGUGCAAUGUCAUCGCCUCGUUAGCAGCAAACUGAAGGAGAAAAGGUCUGGACGUGCGGCUGCAGACGUCCUUGUCUUCACUAAUGCUUGCCGAGGCUCGAUACUGUCGGUGAAGGAAGAAGCCUCUCAGUGAUGUUUUUUCCUCGGUUUAAGACAUAAAGGAGGAAUUGUUUUCACCCCGACAGGAAGAGGGACUGCAGCUCGGGAAGUUCAUGUCCCGAAACCUGCUUUUUUGAGCCACAGUAGAAGGCUGACUGGACUGUGUCCCUUGUACCACUCAAAAUGGCUAUUGUGCGACAAUUUGGACUUCUGGUGUGGAAAAACUAUCUUCAGCAGAAACGUCAAAUCCUGGUAACUCUGGUGGAGAUACUCCUGCCCCUGCUCUUCUCCGGCAUCCUCAUCGUGCUACGUCAGAAGGUGCCUUUUAAGGACUACCCGAAUGCCACCAUCUACGAGAGCUACACCGUUGACGCGCUACCCAGUAGAUUGUCGCACCGCUUGCAGCUGGCUUUCGUGCCCGGUAACUCCAGUGCGGUGCGUCAGGUGGCCGAUGAUGUGCGAGGGAGCCUGGCUCUCGCUUCAGUGCGUGGCUUUGAGACGGAGGAGCAGUUUGAGGACUAUGUGAGAAAUGACCCUCUGUCAGGAAAGCUGCUGGCUGCUGUGGUGUUUGAGCACCCCUUCACCCAUGAUGAUGAACCUCUGCCCCUAAAGGUGAGUUACCACCUGCGUUUCAGUUUCACCCCACGCAAUGCCCCACCCAAGGAGAGGUCGGAGCUGAACCCCAACAGUGACCUGGACUGGCACACGCUCAGCCUCUAUCCCCUCUUUCAGCUGCCAGGGCCGAGGGAGCAGUAUGACAAGGAAGGGGGCACGCCUGGUUAUUACCGAGAGGGAUUCCUUGCUGUACAGCAUGCAGUGGACGUAGCCAUCAUGCGCUCUUACAACAGAACGUCUGCUUCCUCUUUGCUGGGACGUAUCCGAGUGGUCCUGUCGCGGUUUCCUUACCCUGCCUUUAUAUAUGACGUCUUCAUCCUAGCCAUUCAGAACCAACUGCCCCUACUACUGGUGCUCAGUUUUACCUACACCUCCCUCAACAUAGUACGAUCUGUGGUGCAGGAGAAGGAAAGGAAGCUCAAGGAGUACAUGAGGAUGAUGGGUCUCAGCAACUGGCUCCACUGGAGUGCCUGGUUCCUCAUGUUCUUCCUCUUCCUCUCCAUUUCAAUCUUUUUUGUCACUCUGCUCCUUUGUAUCCAGGUGAGCCCUAACGGAGCAGUGCUGACCUACAGCGACCCCACACUUGUCUUUGUCUUCCUGCUUGCCUUCACUGUGGCCACCAUCAACUUCAGCUUCAUGAUCAGUGCCUUCUUCUCACGAGCAAAUGUGGCAGCAGCAGUGGGCGGCUUUAUCUAUUUCUUGAGCUACCUGCCUUAUUUGUUCCUGUGGCCACGCUACGACCUGCUGAGCCAUGCCCAGAAGGUGUCAGCCUGCCUCAUCUCUAACGUGGCCAUGGCCAUGGGAGCUCAGCUCAUAGGAAUGUUUGAAGGCAAAGGAACGGGAAUCCAGUGGUCAAACUUGUUUGACUCUGUGACGGUGGAUGAUGACUUCUCCCUGGCCCAGGUAUUAGGCUUGCUGCUGUUUGACUCUGUCCUCUAUGGGUUGGUGGCCUGGUACAUGGAGGCAGUUUUUCCUGGGGAGUACGGAGUGCCUCUACCAUCUUACUUCUUCGUACUGCCUUCAUACUGGUGCAGCAGCCCCCGCAUGGCUUUGGUGAAUGAGAAAGAGGAAGAGGAGGAUGCAGAAAAGGCUUUGAAAGGGGAGUUCAUAGAGGAGGAGCCAGCUGGACUAGUCUCCGGGGUAAAGAUCAAACACCUCGCUAAGGAAUUCAAAGUAGGCAACAAGACACGGCAGGCUGUGCGGGAUCUUACAAUGAACAUGUUUGAGGGACAGAUCACGGUGCUGCUAGGACACAACGGUGCUGGGAAGACAACAACACUGUCCAUGUUGACAGGGCUGUUUCCUCCCACCAGUGGCAGGGCCUAUAUCAACGGUUAUGACAUCUGUCAGGACAUGGCUAUGAUCCGCCGCAGUCUGGGACUCUGUCCCCAGCACGAUGUACUGUUUGAUAACCUUACUGUCAGAGAACACCUGCUCUUCUACGCUCAGCUGAAAGGCUUCUCCAAAGAGAAGAUUCCAGAUGAGGUAGACAGGACCAUCCGUAUCCUGAAUCUUGAGGACAAGCGACAGGCUCGCUCCAAGACCCUCUCUGGUGGCAUGAAGAGGAAACUCUCCAUUGGCAUUGCCCUCAUUGGAGACUCCAAGGUGGUGAUGUUAGAUGAGCCCACAUCAGGUAUGGACCCAUCAGCUCGACGUGCCACCUGGGACCUUCUGCAAGGGGAGAAGCGCGGUCGCACCAUCCUACUCACCACGCACUUUAUGGACGAGGCCGACCUGCUCGGUGACCGCAUCGCCAUCAUGGCAGGAGGAGAGCUGCAGUGCAGCGGGUCACCACUCUUCCUUAAGAACAAAUAUGGUGCUGGUUACCACAUGGUGAUAGUAAAGGAUGCUCUUUGUAACGUGUCCGAGAUUACCCGCCUUGUCCACAUGUAUGUUCCUAAUGCCACACUGGAGAGCAGCGCGGGGGCAGAGCUCUCUUACAUCUUGCCAAAAGAAAGCACCAGCAGGUUUGAGCUGCUGUUUGCUGAGCUGGAGAUGAACAGAGAGGAGCUGGGCAUCGCCAGCUAUGGAGCUUCAGUAACCACUAUGGAAGAGGUUUUCCUCAGGGUGGGAAAGUUGGUGGAUUCUAGUUUGGACAUCCAGGCAAUCCAGCUGCCAGCCCUGCAGUAUCAACAUGAGAGACGCUCCCAUGACUGGGCCACAGAUGACGCCAGCAGCAGCAGCGGCAUGACCGAUGUUACUGACUUCACAGACAGCGGCACGCUCAUCUCAGAGGACUGCUCCAACAUCAAGCUAAACACCGGGGCCAGACUACACCUGCAACAGUUUUAUGCCAUGUUCCUGAAGAGGGCCCUGUACAGCUGGAGAAACUGGAAGGUGAUGGUGGCUCAGUUCCUGGUCCCUUUGGUGUUCACCGUUGUGGCUUUAGUUGUGGCACGCACCAUUCCCAAUCACCAGGACGCUCCUCAGCUGAGGCUGGCACUCAGCCGCUAUGGUUCCACCAGGGUCCCUGUGGCUCUGCAGCCUAACGUAGGUCCCCUGGCCUCUGCCCUGGCAAAUACAUACAGUUCACAGCUCUCUGCCCAGCUUGGCCAGCUCAUCAAUAUCACAGACUUUACUGAUUUCAUCCUGACCCAAGCAGAGGAAGAAGGCGGCAGCUUUAAUGAGCGCUGUGUGGUGGGUGCUGCUUUCCGUGGCAGCAGCAACCGACUUGCAGAAGCAACAGCCUACUUCAAUAACGAGGGCUACCAUACAUCCGCCACGUCCCUAAUGUUGUUGGACAACGCUCUGUUCAAACUUCUAGCAGGUCCAAAUGCUUCCAUCCAGACGGGCAAUUACCCCAUGCCACGCAACAUGUCUGAGAUCGCCCACAGCCAGCUCAACGAGGGAAAGACAGGCUUCAUCAUCGCCAUCAACCUGAUGUACGGUAUGGCCUCCCUGUCUAGCACAUUUGCCCUCCUGCUCGUAACGGAGUCCUCUAUCAAGUCCAAGCAUGUCCAGCAGGUCAGCGGUGUCUACCUGUCAAACUUCUGGUUUUCUGCCUUGCUGUGGGACCUCGUCAAUUUCCUGCUGCCCUGUCUCCUCAUGCUGGUGGUGUUUCAGGCAUUUGGAAUCAAGGCUUUUGUAGACAACAACCACCUGGUAGAUGUGUUGUUGUUACUGCUGCUGUAUGGCUGGGCUGUUGUGCCUCUCAUGUACCUGCUCAGCUUCUUCUUUUCCACUGCCGCUACUGCCUACACACGCCUCACCAUCUUCAACAUGAUCUCUGGCACAGCCACCUUUCUGACUGUUACCAUCAUGACCAUCCCAGAGUUGAACCUGCAGGAGAUGUCACACUUACUGGAUAAGGUGUUCCUGAUCUUUCCAAACUAUUGCCUGGGCAUGUCCUUCAGCCAGUUCUACCAGAACUACGAAUUCAUCUCGUUUUGCACUUCCAGUCCAAUCAGCGAGACAGUGUGCAACUACUUAAACAUCACGUACCAGAAAAACUACUUCUCGAUGUCGGAGCCUGGUGUGGGACGCUUCCUCGUGGCCUUCUCACUGCAGGGUGUAGUCUUUAUUAUUCUGCUGUUUGUCAUUGAGCUGCAGUGUGUCCGCACUCUCCGGCGAUUCCUCACCUCCCUGGGCAGAAGACGUAAACAGGUACCUCUUAUAGAGGAGGCAGCACUGCUUCCAGAGGACAGGGACGUGGCCGAAGAGAGGAAAAGGGUCCUGGAGUGCCAGCCAGUGUUAGAGUCUAUGGUUGGCAGCCCCCUCAUACUACAGGAGCUCAGCAAGGUGUACAGCAGCGGGGAAAGUCUUCUGGCUGUGGACAGGCUGUCUCUAGCUGUAGGGAAAGGGGAGUGUUUUGGCCUCCUGGGCUUCAAUGGAGCAGGCAAGACAACAACCUUUAAGAUGCUGACUGGUGAUGAGAGCGUUACCUCCGGGGACGCCUACAUUGAUGGAUACAGCAUCUUGAGGGACAUUAAAAAGGUGCAGCAGCGCAUUGGUUACUGCCCUCAGUUUGAUGCCGUGUUGGACCACAUGACAGGAAGAGAAACUCUGAGUAUGUAUGCCAGGCUCAGAGGAAUACCAGAGCGGUAUGUGUCUGGCUGUGUGGAGAAUGUCUUGAGGUCGCUGCUGCUGGAGCCUCAUGCCGAUAAACUGAUCCGCAGCUACAGUGGCGGUAACAAGCGGAAGCUGAGUGCAGGCAUGGCUCUGAUCGGUGGGCCUCCGGUCAUCUUUCUGGAUGAGCCUUCGACCGGCAUGGACCCCGUGGCCAGGAGGCUACUGUGGGAUGCUGUUACACGCACACGGGAGUCUGGAAAGGCCAUAAUCAUCACUUCUCAUAGUAUGGAGGAGUGUGAGGCCCUGUGUACCAGGCUGGCAGUGAUGGUCAACGGUCAGUUCAAGUGCCUCGGGAGUCCCCAGCACCUGAAGAGCAAGUUUGGCAGUGGCUACACCCUGCUGGCAAAAAUACACAUAGAGGCUGAGUUGGAGGACAGUGACCUGCAGCUUUUUAAAGACUUCAUUGAAAGUACCUUCCCAGGAAGUCAACUAAAGGAUGAGCACCAGGGAAUGGUGCACUAUCAUUUGACUGACAAAACACUUACCUGGGCACAGGUGUUUGGCACUUUGGAGGCAGCCAAAGAGAAAUACCAGAUUGAAGACUACUGCGUGAGCCAGAUAUCACUGGAGCAGGUGUUUCUCAGCUUUGCCCAAUUCCAACACUGCACAGAGAGUAGGAGAAAGUAAGUGGAGUGAGGAAUCCGUCCAUCACGGCCUUGUUCGGUCACCCAUCGAAUGUGUACACAGGGUGGAGCAGGUUUUAUCUCCAGCUCCAUUUUUACCUUGACCACACACACACACACACACACACACACACACACACACACACACACACACACACACACACACACACACACACACACACACACACACACACACACACUCUGGGCCAGUCACAUCAACUUCAGCCUUUCUACUACUGUAUCAAGUCAGUGUGUGUUUUGUUGGGUCAUUCAUACCGUUGUUAUUGUUAUUGUGUGACAAAGAAGUAGAAUUGUAAUUAUGAUGUGUGGGGGAUGAUGAAUAUACCAAGUAAUGAACUGUGCACUUUUUUAGUGAGUUCAAAGACAAUGAAACCACUUCCUAGAUACUACCAUUACUCUGAAUUGUGUGUGACAGAGAGUGUAUGUACAGCUCGUCUUUUUUUUGUUAUUUAUGAUUUUAUGUGAUUGCUUAUGUUACCAAGAGUUUGUGCUUUUUUU